AUGCUCCGGACCGCCGUGCUCGCCCUCUUCCGCGGCACGCGCUACGCAAACGACCUCAUGCCGGACAGCGUUCUCUUCCAGUACUUCCGUCAGCUCGCCGUCUUCGUCGUCUACUCCCCCCAGAUCGUCAUCCUCGUCGCCGCCGCUCUCGCCCUCGUCCUCGCGUUCCCCGGCGCUGUUGACGUGAUUAGAUCCCCCGGCCUCGACUAUGUCUGGGAUGACCUCUCCGCCUCCUCCCCCCCGGAUCUCGUCGUCAGACAGGCCUGGCUUCGCGGGCCGCUCUCAGACUCUCUCCAGAUUGCGUGGGCUAUAACCUCCUCCGUCUCCCAUGCGCUCGAUUCCUCCUCCUCUCCCUCCACCUCCUCCACCUCCUCCACCUCCUCCUCCUCCAUCCUAUCCCCCACCGAGCUCUGGCCUUCCCGAGACGCCUUCCUCGCUGAUCCCUUCCCCUCCUCAACUCUCUCCCGCGCUCCCUCCGCUCUCGUCGCAAACGACUCUCUAAUCCUAUCUCUUAUCUCCACCUCCCAUUCCACCGACGCCCUCUGGACAUCCUCCAUCAAAUCCAUUGACGGCGACAACCUCGAGACCCGCUACUCCGCCCACUCCACCGUCGGCAUCCUCCGUCACAUCCCCACCUUCUCCCCGGUCUCUGGAUUCAUCCUCGCCGCCGCCUACCUCGCCGCCCUCAUCUACCUCGUCAUCUCCCUAAAACGCAUGCCCGCCAUGCGCUCAAAAUACGGUCUCUUUGUCGCCUUCAUGGUGGAGGUCGCCCUCUCGCUAGCUGGCGCCGCCACGCUCCUGCACUGGCUCGACGCCGACUCGGCCCGUCUACCCAUCUCCUCCUUCCCCUUCAUCUUCUUCGUCCUCGCCACAGAAAACAUGUUCCGUCUCCUAAAUGCGCUCGCAUACACAAAACCCGACCAGCCAGCAACAGUGCGCAUCGGCACCGCACUCGGAAAAGUUGGCUUCCUCUCCACAGUCACCUACCUCUCAAACAUCGGCAUCCUCGUCCUCGCCGGCAUCCUCACGUCGCCUCCCGUGCGCCAGAUUUGCAUUUUCACAGUCCUCGCUCUCAUCAUCGACUACUUCCUCCACAUGUCCUACUUCGUCGCCGUGCUCUCGAUCGACGUCCGCCGGCUCGAGCUCGAGGAUCUCAUCCAGUCCAGUCUCGACGCGCCUUCAAACGACGCCGAUGACUCGGAUGACGACGACAUUCUCGCCCUCGACGAGUCGGUUCAAAGAUCAUGGAAUCCGUUCCCAAAGAUCCUCGGAUACUUCACCAGAGGUCGAGUGCCGACAACCACAACCGCCGGCACAGCUGUGAUGGGUUGCUUCUUGCUGCUCAUCCAGUUCCACUAUCUUGGCCAGCUCAUUCCAUCUUCUCUCCUCACAAUGCACUGGUCCUCGUUAAUAGCCGGCCACAGAUCAAGCGUAUGGUGCAGGAUACCAGAGUUUUUCAGCUGCAUAGCUGACGAUCUGGCUGCUCUUCUCCCCCCCGGCCGGUCAUCAAUCUCCGUCGAGUUUUACGAGCCAGACUACUUCACCAUCGCAACAAACAGUACGCAGGACUUAUUCGUCGCCGACCCUUCUCUAACCUCCUCCCUCUCCUCCUCCGCAAUCCUGCCCUCCUCCGGCGUGUUCUUCGUCACCCUCCUCAUCCUCGCGCUUCUCACCACCGCGCUCGUCCUGCAACACAUGCUCCGCGACGUGCGCGACGAAGCCGCUUCCGAUCCGCGAUUUCGAUCGAGCCCCGUGUUUGUCACCAAAGACCUGUCCGGCUGCCACUCGCUCGACGUCGUCCGGCUCGCGACCUCGUCCAACGGCCUCGUCGCCUCGCUCGGUCUCGACCACAAGAUCUUCAUCUGGCAAGUCAACAGCUCGUCGCACAAGAAGCUCAAGGCGAGCAAAGUCCCGCUGCCGUCCGAGCCCACGACAUGGCCGGUGAGUGCGAUCGCGCUCGACACCGACGGCCGGUUUCUGGCGAUCUGCAGCAAGAGCGGCAAAGUGCACUGCUGGUCGAUCGCGACCUCGCGCUUCGUGUGGACGGUCGAGCUCGCGGGACUCGAGAACGCGGCGCCGGCGGCGAUUCUGUUUUUGACGGAAAAAGUGCCGGGCAUGGUGACGCGCGUGAACUUGGUCGUCGUUGGCCGGAACGGGAUGCUGUACCAGAUCGCGACGGACUCGAGCGGGGUUGUGUUUGAGCACAAGAUCACGGACGAGACGCUGGACUCUGCCGAGAAGCUGUUCACGCCGCGGUUGCCGAAGCGCAUUGUUUCGGCUACGAGGGCCGGGAAUAUCGUGAUUACGAUGCUGGUCCGAACGACGUGGAUCUCGCAAAAGCUCGAUCUGCGGCCGGGAAUGACUGUGAUUCUCGAGCAGCAGCAGAUCCUCAACCCGAUGAACCCGAAACCCGACAUCCUGACCUCGAACGCACAAAACAAGCCGCAGAACCCGAACGAGAUUAUGUCGAUCGUGCCGUUGCCGCAGAUCGGAAUGGUCCUCCGUACGCGGGGGAUCAAGCUUGAUCUGAUUGACGUGCAGACCGGGACGAUUGUCAAGGAAUUUCAAAUCGGGCAGUACCGACGGGGCUCGCUACACGCGUUCCAUGACCACACCCAGCACUGUCCGUUCUGCGGAUGUUCGACGAUCGCGACGCUGUGCAUCGUCUACACCGAGCGUGAGUCGGGGAUGAUGAUCAUGCACACGUUUGUGGCGACGAACCGGGCGAGGAAAAACAUCUGCUUGCGAGUCGAGCGAGAUCCGCGAGAAAAACGAUGUAUCGGAUUCGAAGGCGUGCUGGAGCGACAACAUUGGCUCGCGGACGUCAGCGGGUGGGAGGUCACUGAUAUCAACGUCGUGAUGGGCAUCCGUCGCAAGACAAGCACGUUGGCCGAUCUCGCGAUCCACUCGGCCUCACACACCAACGACGGCCAUUCAACCUCAGAAGGGCUGCAUCAUCGCGUGGCGAACGGCAGUGGUCCGGCGGCGGCAGGAAACGAGGUCGCGUUGAAAAAGUAUGGUAGAAGUUCAGAUGGCCAGGUCAAGGAAGAAUGCUGGGAAGGCUGGACGAUGGGCAUGGACGGCACCGUCAACACGUACGACCUCCGACCGGACAACAUCCACCGGGACCUGCAGCGGUACCCGCGGUCGCGCACGCGACAGCGCACAUACAGCUCGUCAUCGGACGAAGAGUACGACGCGGAUACCAACGGCAACGGCGAAGAAUACCCAAAACCAGGCACCUCGGCGCGCCGGCGCAAGAAACGACAUACCCACCACUACCACGUGCACCCGAACGUGCAGGACCUACUCGUCUCGCACAUCGGCCCGGUCGCGAAACUAGGCCACCGGUCGACGGUGAUUGGGUUCGGCAACACGGUGCGCGUGCUGUACUUUGGCUCUGAGGAAAUCAUCUCGCCGAACGACAACUCCGUCGACGACGACGACGUCGGGCUCGCGUACGUCUCGCGCAGACGCCGCGCAGGCCGCCGCUCGGACUCGAGAGGAAGUAUCGGAUCCCCCGCCGCGAGCCCGAUGCGCGUCGCAUCGAGCGGGCAUGGCGGCGGCCUGAUGAGCGGGGGCCUGAUGAACGGCGCGCGGCACGCAGGGGGCGGGCUGACCCGAGGCGGGCUGAUGGGCGGCAGCGCUCGUAGGGGGGGUUUGAUGGGCGGCGGAGCUCGGUUUUGA